UUGAAAGUAGUCUCUCAACUGCCGAAUGAAACGACGACGUCGUUACACUCUGAACAGCUGUUACCGUCCAGCUGUCGCAGGUGACGCGUUGAUUUACGGCGUUUACGUCCCGCGGACCGGAAACACGCUGAAAGACGGUGAGGCUUGUUUUACCGACACUUUGCGACAGUUCUGACGUGUUUACGCACCAGCAGGAAUGACCUGUUCCCUACCUGUGUUAUAAAGGAGGCAGGAUGUGGAGUCCCUGGGCCCUUCUACCUCCCGUCUACUCUGUUCUCACCGCUGCUGGUCUGUGGGCCGUAUACUUUUUAGCUGUGAAUGAGGAGAAGAUCGCACCGCUGGGCUCAACAUACAGGAGGAGCAAUGGAUCCCUUUACCCUCCGUACAUCAGCAUCGCAGGAAACUUUGCACCGGCCAGCUGCAUCUUCAGCGAGGUCAUGAACCUGGCGGCCUUCGUGGGGUUCGCCAUCGCCGCCCUCAGGUUCCUGCAGCUGAGGCACCGGACGGACCAACGCUGGCUGAACGUCGGCAGCUUGGCGGCUUUCUCCGUCGGCUGCUUCGGGAUGACGCUCGUGGGGAACUUCCAGCUUUUCAACGAGGAACCGAUGCACAACUUCGGCACGUUCCUGACGUUCGGCCUGGGGACGCUGUUCUGCUGGGUCCAGUCCUACGUCACCCUGAGGGUCAACCUGAGGAACGAGGGCAGGAAGGCCGCCGUCCUCCGCUUCCUGUUGUCCGGCUCCAUCACGCUCUGCAUGAUCCUCUACUUCUCGCUGAUGGCUCAGCGGCUCCACGUGCCCGCGGCGCAGUGCCAGUGGGCGCUGGUCAUGUUCUUCCUCGCCUUCCUCGCCACCUUCGCCAUCGAGUUCCGUCACUGCCGCUUCCAGGUGGUGUGCACGGAGGGCCUCUCCGACGCGUCCCGGUACCAACCGGACGGGCUGUAGGGACCACGGAGACCCUGUUUAUUUACUGUCACCGUGGUUACCGCUUCACGACGCAUGUUUGACACAUGUUUUUUUAUCUACGGGCAGAACAUCAGCUGGGUUCAUGUCUUUUUCCUCAAGUUUCUAUAAAUCUAAAUGAAAAUUUGCUGUACAAUCAGCGUGAAUAAAACUUCAUUCCUUGUGUUUUAAUCUUCGUGUUCUCACAUCAACUGAUGUUUCAUUAAAGCA